AUGCCGUCGACCAAGCGCGCCAUUCGCAUAGCCGGCUCGUCUGGCGGCUUCUCAGACCGCCAGCGCGCCAUUGGGGACCUCGCUCGCAACUGUGAUAUUGACUGCAUCAUUGGUGACUGGCUCUCCGAGUGUACCAUGACGCUGCAUGGCGCUCAAAAGCAGGAGAACGAGCGGCUGCGAAAAGCCGGCAAGUUGGCGCAAGAGCCUGUGGGACUCUUCGACCCCACCUUCAUGGAGAACCUGAGCCCUGCGCUGCCGUUCCUGAGGAGCAAGAACAUCAAGGUUGCCGUGAAUGCCGGUGCGAGCGAUACCGAGCUGCUGGCGGGAGUGGUCGAGGCUGAGGUGAGGAAGCAGGGGCUUGAUCUCAAGGUCGGGUGGAUCAACGGCGAUGAGGUGACGGAGACGGUGAGGCGGAUGUGGCAGGACGGCGAGACCUUCACGAGCCUCAUGACGGGGGAACCACUCAAAGACUGGGGCCACAUGGACGAUUUUGUGGCCGCGCAGUCAGUCUCCUUAUGCUAUCUCGGGGGCGCAGGCAUCGCCGAGGCUCUCCGUCAGGGCUGCGAUAUCGUCAUUGCUGGCCGCGUGGCCGACGCUGCCCCAACGAUCGGGGCCUCCAUGUGGUGGCACGGUUGGGACCGUGAGCGCGAUCUCGACCAGAUCGCCGGUUCUCUCGUGUGUGGACAUCUCAUCGAAUGCUCCGCAUACGUCACAGGCGGCUACUACUCUGGCUUCAAGCAGUUGAUGGAUGGCUGCGAGAACCUUGGCUUUCCCAUUGCCGAAGUUGACUCGGACGGUUCAUGUAUCAUCACCAAGGAGGAGGGCACUGGUGGCGAGGUCUCGGUCGGCACCGUGUCGUCGCAGCUGUUAUACGAGAUCCAGGGACCGCUGUACUACGGCUCUGAUGUCACGGCCAACCUCGAAGGUGUCGUCAUGACGCAGGUAGGCAAGGACCGCGUUCAGGUCACUGGUGUCAAGGGUCUUGCCGCGCCUUCGACGACAAAGGUCGGCCUCACGGCAUGGGGCGGCUACCAGGCCGAGUUUCACUACUACCUCGUCGGCUUGGACCUCGAGGAGAAGGCCGAAUGGACGGAGCGACAGAUCCGCUACUCGAUUGGCGAUGCCGUCAAAGAUCUCACGUGCCUUAAAUUCAGUCUAAACGGGUACUGCCCGGAGAAUCCGCGCAAUCAGGAGAUCGCCACGGUCGACAUGCGCAUUUUUGUGCAGACGAAAAAGAGGGAACUCGUUGAUAAGUUCACACUAGACGUCCCCGGCCUCAACCGAUGGUGCAUGGAAAACUUCCUUCAGUCUUGCCCUGGCGCGUCCUUGCACAACGACCAGCGCCAGUCAGAAGGCAAACCGUACUGGGAGUACUACGUCACCCUGCUGCCGCAAUCGGCAGUAAAGCACCGCGUCGAGCUUCCGUGGGCCGGCCGCGGCAUCGACAUUCCGGUUCAGCAGAACGUUCGCACCGACUAUCCUCGCGACCAAAAGUCAUACGAGACGCGCGACCCCGUCGAUCUCGCGGCAUUCGGUCCCACGACGAGGAAUCUGGAGGAUAUUGUGAGAGAUCUUGGGUUGAGGGUUUAG